GGGGCGGUGUCGCCGAUGUUCGGGGCGGGGUCGGGCGGCGCUGCGGGGCGCGGCCUCUCGGUCCGGGCGGAGGCGGCGUCUCGACCAUCGGCGGAGUCCGAGGUGACAGCGCGCAAGAUGUUGACGCUCAAGACGUUCGCCGUCUUCUCGACCCUGCCGCGCCUCCUCGCCCUGGGACUGCUGCUGUCGUUGCUCGGCCACGCAGCGGCGGCGGCGGAGGGGGAGAAGACGGCGCUGAGUACAGACAACUGGCGAGACGUGCUUCAGGGAGAAUGGAUGCUCGAGUUCUAUGCCCCAUGGUGCCCCGCGUGCCGGCAACUGCAGUCAGAGUGGCACAAGUUUGCGCGGACGAGCAAGGAACUUGGCAUUAACACAGCCUCUGUGGACGUGACCCGCGAGCCAGGCCUAAGUGGGCGAUUCUUCAUCACGUCUCUGCCCACCAUCUACCAUGUGCGCGAUGGAGAGUUCCGUCAGUUCUCGGGUCCAAGGCAAGCGGCGGACUUAAGCCGCUUCGUGUUGGCGCGCCAGUGGGAGCAGGUGGCUCCUGUGUCGGCGUGGAAAGCGCCUCCCUCCAUUCUGAUGACGGGGAUGUCCUGGCUCUUCCAGCUCUCCAUGUGGAUUCGGCAAAUGCAUGGCUGGCUGACGGAGACGCUGGGCCUCCCCACGUGGGGCUCCUAUGUGGUGUUUGGUCUGGCAACGCUGCUGCUGGGCCUGUGCCUGGGUCUGGUGUUCAUCCUACUCGUUGACCUCUUAUUCCAGCCGAAACGGAAACAUCUGGUGCCCUCCGAGAAAGAAGAGAAUGCUUCUGAAGGCCAAGCAGAAGAUGAGGUCGAAAAAGUUGAACUAGGCGGACAGGGAGAUGAAAACGUUGAUAACGGCGAUAGUCAGGCCUCGGACACGGAGGAUGGGAACAUUGGAGUCCAGGACGGGGACCCUGCCAGCUCAGAGGAAGAAGUUGGCGAGUUGGAUGAUGGCGCCGGAGAUGCUGGGGCCACGCUGCGCAUGCGACGGCCACAGCCCGGGGCCCAGGGGCUGGAGGAGCCUUAAAGAACGGGGCUUGGGAAGGCGUUUCGAGUGGAAUUGUAUCAUCUGCUUGUGUGAGUGGUGUGCUGGAUCACACCCUUUCAUCGCGUCUAUUGGUCCCCAGUUCAACACCCUCAGCCCCCUAUCCCCCUGCAUUUACAGCGCCGGCGUACUAUAGGAAUGUGGUAAUGCGUCUAGGUGGGCAAGGGCUUGGAUACACUUAAAAUUGUUGGUGCAAUCAAUGGGGGGGGUCCAUUCGGAUUUUGUCGGAUUGGACUGAAUCGAUCGUAAACUGAUUGAGGUGAAAUGCUGUAGAAUAUAUCGUGCUGCAGUUCACACCCACUAUAAAUCCUACUGACUCACACUGUUACAUAUUCUGUAGAUUAACAUCAGUGUAGAUUCUAUAGAUUUACACCACAAUAGAUUAUAUAAAUUCACUUAACUAUAGAUAUCAUUUGUUUAUGUUGCUGUGGAUUGCGUAUUUUCACAGUGAAAGAAUCUCACGACAAAAUUACUAUGAAUUAUACGAUACGUAGAAUCACGCAAUCGCGCACUCUUAGACAUUUCUUUGGUGCAAACACACCAAGCCUUAGAGCAUUGGAAGGGUAGUGAUGCAGAAGUGUCAAUAGUGGCUUCCUGUGAUAGCAUUGCUCCCCAUUGAUUGCUGUGCACGGUGUAUCUAGGCCUUAAGACUCACGUGUAAUGUGAACAACCUGGAUAGUCAGUCCAAUGUUGAUUGAUUACAGUUGCAUUUUGAUUAAGUAAAUAGCCCAAUAUUGCUCAACAUAUAUUACCUUUAGAUUGUGCCACAGAUAAGUUCCGCACUUGUCAAUGGCCAGUCAAAAGAUUGCUUGUUUGUGCACGUGCAUGUGAUGCAUAAGUGCAAUGGGAAUUUUACAUCAUAUCGGAAUUACGCAUUUAACAUUGUGAAACCAAUUUCAGUCAUGCCGGAAAUGUAUUUGUUUCACAACUGUGUAAUAGGAUUGUAUUAAAAUUUUAGUUUUAUUUUAGACAGUGAUCCCCCGUUUUGAACAGUGGCAAUUGUGCUAGUACUGCACAUGAGGAAGUGGUGUGACCGUCACUAUGUGCUGAUGUUCAGCACACUCAUCAGAUACACAGAGGACUAUUAAGGGAAGGCCCAAGAACGAUGCACAUGCCAUGUGCUGCUGAUAUGCAGUGUUGUUUGGAGUUGAGGGGUGGCACAGCGGUAACACUUGUGCCUCACACCAAGAAGGUCUUGGUUUCGAUUCCUGACUGGCGCCCUUCUCUGUGGAGUUCUCCCCCUGCUCUGCAUGGGUUUCCUCCUUUUUUCUUCCAGAGCUGAAAUAAGCCCAUACAUUUUACCUAGUAUUGGCCAAACAUUCCAGUGCAUACAUAUUACCUUCAAGUUACUUAAUUGGGAUUUAACAUAGCAAAUUGCCUUUUUCUACAAAACUCGGCAGGACCAUCAUAAAAUAUAGUCUGGACACUGACGCAUGUCUCUACGGAAGACUUUCACCUCCUGAAUGGAUCCUUAGGAACUACUGUUGCACCAAAGUGUGGCUGUGGUGGUGCCUGAAGUCACCGGCGUCCUGCAUUUAUACACUUGUCGUGACGUUUUGUGUUACUGGGUUGCAUGUGACAGUUGGAGUUGGAUUUAUGUUACAUUGACGAAGGCGUUAAGUAUUUUACAGAAACCGAUCAGUGAUUGCUAAACUUUGGGAGAAAACUGGCAGAUCUGUCUGUUUUUCUAUCACAGCACUAGCUCUUGGAUGUCAUCGGUUACUGCUUGCAUGGCAUCAAUCAUAUCGUUCGUGUUCAUAGAGACACGGUCGGUGUGUUUUGGUGAGCCUUGGACAUUGCGCUUGUUUUUAGAAAUGGACAGCUUCCUGUCGUCUUGGGAAGUUACGGAUAUGAUUAUCAUGGAACCAACACCAUCAUUAUAAUGUCGUUUUGUUUGGUAAACUGCAGGUAGAAAACAUAGAUUGUUUUGAAUGAUAUGAAUGUUAACAUAAGUGCUAAUGGAGUGAGUUUCUUUGUAGUUGACGUGGCUUGCUAAAUGUGUGUGGCAGUUUAACUUCUUAUUUUCAGUAUUUUUUGUAUUAAUAUAUUUUACCUGGAUAAUCUCUUGAGAUAAACAUCUUGUUAACAAUAGCAUAAAUUGACAUAUAGCAAGCACGCAAUGACACUUGUACACACAUUUGUGUGUUUCUAUGAUGGAAAACCACAAUUACGCCUUUCCGCUUGCUUUGCAUGUACCUAGGUGAUGCUCGCUGUGUAACAUGCAUGUAAGCACAUUAUUCGUUAAUCUGUGAUGUAUGAAUUGUUGCACGCAAAGGUUAAAGGUGUUUACGGCAGCACAGCGUCUUGGGAAAUGCGCACGGGUACCUCGCUAGCUUCAUCAGAGCGAAUAUGCAGCGCGUGCACAGCGGCCCCAUGAAGCACGCAAGCCUGAGGGGCUCAUUACGUAAACAUUUAUAUUUUUGAUGAGUACAUGGGUCGUCAGUACAGGUCAUCUGGCCGAGUGGCGCUGCUGCGAUAGGAGUGCUUAACUCAUGUUUGGGAGGUUGUUGGUGAGAACCACAGUUGUGAACAUAGCCGUGUUCAGUUAAAUUUCCACGGGGCCUUUGCUAUCACAUGGAGCAUGUUUGCCAACCGUCGUGACCCACUGUGUACAUCACUUGUGUUGUUUUUUUAUCAAUGCGCUUUGCUGAAUGUGAGUGCGGGAGUUCCAGGGUAAAAUGAAAUGUGAAAUAUCCAAUACAGUAUGGGAAUGAUUGUAGAGUGCGCGCUACGUGGCAGGAUGAGCACCAUGACUGCUUGUAUCAUUAAUUUUCUCGUGCUUAAGGAAGCGACACGUUGGUUUGUUACAGUGGUUUGUCUCUCGAAGCUCUGGAGGGCAUCUUCUCUUGCAAAGAUUUAUAUAACGCCUAAAUCCAAGGCGCUUUACAGCAAUUAUAAUAUUGUACAUAAGAUGGUGGUUAAAAUAAAGAGUGGGGUUAUAAAAAGUGGUGUCAUUGUAGUGACAGGAGGACAGGUGGGAGUGGUUAUGGAGACGUUGGGGGAAGGCCUGGUCGUACCUGGGGAGUGGUGGCAGGAAGUAGCAGUAGGGGUAGUGAGUGGUGGGGGUUGAGGAAGGCCUGGUCGUACCUGGGGAGUGGGGGCAGGGAGUAGCGCUAGGAUUUGCAAGGGAAAAUAGGUGAAUUUUAAGGGUUGAACGGAAGGUCAGUGAAGAUGAUUGUUGUAUGUGCAUUGGGAAUUUGUUCCAGUGAAGGGGAGCAAGAAGGGAAAAUUAACGAAAGCGUGACUGGGCGGAGGGCGAGGGAGGCACAGAGAGGGGAGGGCCAGCAGAGAUUGGGAGCAGGGAGAAGGGGAUGGGACAGAGUAAUAAGAUAUGAGAGAAGCAAGAUGAGAUGGAGCAAGGCGACAAAAGGAUGUAUAGACUAGAGUCUUUUAGGCUGUGCUUUGUUUACAUGAAUCGUUUGUGUCUUGUUUUGGUUUAUAGUCUUGGUGUCGUUUUGUUUGCAUUUUUCCCUUACAAAAUAUAUCUGAGCUAAGAACAUUGUUGCGAGUUGUAUUAUUUCUGAAAUUGUUAAUGUGUUUAUAAUCGUGAUAAUAUUGUCUGUUAUUUAUCCAGGAAAUCCUCGCAGAUUUUCAAGACCCUUUUUCAGAAUGAUCCUGCUUUGGGGUGUAUGACCAAUUAUUUUUUCGAGUGUAUUUUCAUCAGGGAAGAAACUGGCAUGGCUCGAGGAAACCAGCACAUAAAAUAGAACAGUUUUAGGUUGCUCAACCAUCACAGCUGCUCCAAGCAGUGCUGUAUAAUUUUGUUCACAGCUUGCUAGGAGCCCUGCCUAUGAUUACCCCUCCAUUUUAACUGUCUGCGGUAUCGUCAAACUACGUGAUUACUGCUCACCGCGUGACCCUGGGAUACAGCAUUGGAACCAAGACCCUGAUGCCACCUUCAGGUUGAAUAGUGUAGUGGUGUGAAUCGCCUGUUUGAGAAGGAUUCUAGGAGUUUCUAAACCUCAAACUGAAAUACCAUGAAAUAAGGAAAUCUCUGGCAGUGAAAACAAACUUUAUGGAGAUGAGGUAAAGACUGCAGUGAUACAGACACGUUACGACGAGUGUUUAGCAAUGCUGCACACAAGUAGAGGAAACGGGAGGCAGAGAGACGCAGAGGGGGUGUUGAUUGGGCCCAAUUGUCCCAGGACAUAUGAUGAUGGUUCCAAAGGCCUGGUGGUCGCAGUGGCUCAGUAGGUUGGCAACCUUCCAGGAGUAAAUCAUGUGUUUAUACCUAGACAAGGUUUACUAGAGCAUCGUCAUCGUAUAGCAUUGGAAAAGCAACUGAAAGAACAUUUUAGCUGAGUGGCAAUCACUUUGAUUGCAUCAGGAGUUGCUUGGUGUUGAGCGUUUCUACCUCCUGUGUGACCAUGCAAUGGACAGUGGUCAAGUGAACAUCACUUGACGAGGUUUAUGAGAAGUAUUAAAUUUAAGCCAAGCUUUACAAAUGUGGCAUUACUCCCGAGUAACUCAAAACCCAUAACCAUUGACCUUUUUCGUUUGAAUGUCCGUGUAUUUGGAGUCAAUUUUCUUUUGUGCUCUGACAUGUUACAAUACUUUUUUUAAGUAAAUUAUCAAUUAUGUGAUGAGUUCAGACAACUGCCUAGCAUGCUUAGUGGUCUACAGUGGAAUGUUCACUUUGACACACAACAGGUAAUAGCCAUUGGGGAAGUGCUUUUCAGUUAUGGGAAGGUAUGACAGUUACAUGAAGAUGUAUAUGAAUUAUUUUGAAGUUCUCACAUUACUAAAAGUAAGAAUAACACAGUUUUGCAGGACCGGUCACUGCCUGGAACGAAGUAAAAAUCUGUUACAUUUCUGCAGUUCCAGUAAUCUCUGCUCAUCAUCCCUUUCAUCAUUCAGAAAUGCAAUGCUUGACAUUUGGCAAAAUACAUUUCCCUGCAUAUAUUAUUUCCUUCUCCGUAGACUGUUUCGUGAAGAAAGUUUCAAUUUUAAGAUGAAUCAUUAAAAUGUGUUAUGCAGGAGAAGCACGGUAGUACCGUGGGUGUCGGUGCAUCGUGCUCGAUGGGAAAAGCCCCCUGGCUAAAAGGGGUGGCAUCUUGGGAACUGAAAAUAAUUCUCAUUAAGAUUUAAAAUUAAAAACACAAAAUGGACACAUUUCCUGCACCGACAUUAAAGUGUUAAACCCUUUGAUUAGCUCAUAGUUGUAAUGCACCAAUUCAUUUGCUCACAUUUCAUAAUAAACAAUUUAAAAUGAA